UGAAUUCUCGGAUCGACCGCGAGGAGCUGUGCGGGCGGAGCCUGGAGUGCAGCAUCCACCUGGAGGUGAUCGUGGAGAGGCCGCUGCAGAUUUUCCACGUGGAGGUAGAGGUGAAAGAUAUUAACGACAAUCCGCCUGUGUUUCCCGGAACACAAAAGAAUCUGUUUAUGGCGGAAUCCAGGCCGCUUGACUCUCUAUUUCCACUAGAGGGCGCAUCCGAUGCAGAUAUCGGGGCCAACGCUGUGCUGACUUACAGACUGAGCCCCAAUGAGUAUUUCUCCCUGGAAAAACCAUCUGAUGACGAGCGGAUAAAACGUCUUGGGCUAGUAUUAAGGAAACCUUUAGACAGGGAAGAAGCUCCGGAGAUUUUUUUAGUGCUCACGGCCACUGAUGGUGGCAAACCUGAGCUGACUGGCACCGUUCAGUUACUCAUCACAGUGUUGGACGCCAAUGACAACGCCCCAACUUUCGAUAGAACACUCUAUACGGUGAAACUACCAGAAAAUGUUCCUAAUGGAACGUUGGUAAUUAAACUUAACGCCUCAGAUUUAGAUGAAGGUUCGAAUGGGGACAUUAUUUAUUCAUUCUCCACUGAUAUUUUACCAAAUGUGAAAUCCAAGUUCCACAUAGACCCAGUUACUGGAGAAAUUAUGUUAAAGGGAUAUAUUGAUUUUGAAGAAAGCAAAUCCUAUGAAAUUUUUGUAGAGGGUAUUGAUAAGGGACAGCUUCCACUCUCUGGCCAUUGUACAGUUAUGGUGGAAGUUGAAGACACCAACGAUAAUGUCCCAAUAAUGGAAUUCAAAUCCUUGUCACUCCCAAUCAGAGAAGACGCUCCACUGGGCACCGUCAUCGCCCUGAUAAGCGUGUCCGACCUCGACUCUGGUGUCAACGGGCAAGUGACAUGCACCCUGUCACCCCACGUUCCCUUCAAGCUGGUGUCCACCUUCAAGAAUUACUAUUCGCUGGUGCUGGACAGCACCCUGGACCGUGAGAGCGUGUCGCACUAUGCCGUAGUAGUGACCGCGCGGGACCGGGGCUCGCCUUCACUCUCGGCCACGGCCAAGGUUUCCGUGGAGGUGGCCGACGUGAACGACAACGCGCCGGCGUUCGCGCAGCCCGA